CCAACAUCGCUUCUCCUCAUCACUCCUCUCUCUCUCUCUCUCUCUCUGCAACACUUUGUUUUCUCUGUCUCUGGUCUGGUCUUUCACACUUAAAUCAGAAUUAGCUGAGUUAAUCCUCUUUCUCCCCAAAAAUUGUAAGAUGGCGGCCAUAAGCAGGAAAACUCACAAGCUGCCCCAAACAGCAGGUCUGAAGCAAAUCUUGAGGCGAUGCUCUUACAGCCUCGGGAAGACUUCUACGAAACUGGGCUACGACGAAGAAGGCCACCCCGUCGACGUCCCGAAGGGGCAUUUCGCUGUAUACGUCGGCCAGAACCGGAGCAGGUACAUAGUGCCCAUCUCCUUCUUGACCCGACCCGAAUUCCAGAGCUUGCUCCGCCAGGCCGAAGAAGAAUUCGGGUUCGACCACGACAUGGGUCUCACCAUCCCCUGCGAAGAAGUCGUUUUUAAGUCUCUGACUUCCAUGCUCAGAUGAAAAUUGGAACUGUGUCGGUCCGAUCGGACGCACAGAUCGAAUAAGUAAAACAGCCAUUGAUCCACGUAGGAGCUGCGGGCAUGCACCCAGCGCUGCUUGCUUCUUGGUUAAUUAAUUAGUUUUCCACCAAAUUAAUUAAAGUUAGUAGCUCUGACCAAAUUAAAACCCGUAAACAGAUUUUCUGGGUUAGAUUUGUAUAUGUAUCCACAUUACGUAGAAAUUUUCCUCGCGGUGGUACUGUAGGAUUAAUUAAUUGUACCCUGUGAGAGGCUUAGCUUAUAAUCUUAUAUUAAUAAUUUCUGGGGUCUUCAAUUUCCCCCUUUAAUUUUUAA